GAAAUGUUUAGUAAUGGAUAGUCAACCAAGCGAGGGAGCAGCAGGCAAUGAAUGGCUGGGAGGAGGAGGAGGAGGGGGGGAGUGGGGGCGGUGUCGGGCGGCGGGUCUGGCAGGUGUAGCCGCGGCCGAGCGCGUGCCGCUGCCGUCUCGUCGCUUCAGAAGUGUUGUGUCAGUGAAGGUGAGAAGACGCUCGGCCCGACUAGUGCCGCGCACUUGCUCACUUCUCCCACAGCCUCAGACACAAGUUUGUUUCUCUGUCAUGCACACAGUGUGUUGUUGCGUCGCCAGUGACCUGCCGUCCUGGGUUUAGGUAGUGCUGGUGCCGCCCGCCGCGAGGGCAUGUACUAGUGUGGUGUGUGUUGAGUGCUGUGCUGUGCCCGGUGCUUGCGCGAUGCUGGGGCACACGGGGAUGCCUCGCGUCGGCCACACAGUGACCUGGUCAGACCGGGAGGUGAGCGUCCUGUCCCCACCCGUCCCGCACAUUCUUGUGAACGUUGAGGGUUCAGCUUUGUCUCGCCUGGACCGAUACUUUGACCCUCAGCCUCCGCCACGGCCAGAAAAACCCGUGGGUCUGCUGCCCAAGCCGUCCCCGACUAAGGUGGUGACGCAGGUGGCUCCCGUGGGCGGGCCACCGCCCCUCAUCGACGGGGCCGCCUGCAAGACUUCAACAUGGACUUACAAACAGGUGACGUCGCCCAGAAACUCUGGCGGCUCCGACAGCGAGAAAGGCGUGAGGUUUCGCCCGGAGCGGCGGGAGCGUCGCCCCGUGCAGAAGUUGCAGUGGCGGGACAGUGCGUGGUCCCGCGGGUUCAGCACGGGCAAGGAUGAUUACCUUGACCUGGACAUGCGCAUCACAGCCUCCUCCUCCGGCGAGGGCUCCUCCCGCCACGCCAUCAAACGCAUCUUGCUGCUGACCGAGAACUACCAAUACCGCGACGCCGCCGCCUUUAUCCACCGCCUCCCCUCCGCCACCUUCAAGGUGAUUGUCGAUGAGCUGCCCAUCGACGUGAUGGUGGACGCCAUGCCCCACUCCUUGCCCAUCCUCGAGGCUCUCUACUGCAAGGUGAGCGAGACGGCCCCAGCCAUGUCUGGCUGCACGCGCAUCCUUCGCCCCGAGGCGGUGGUGUGGCAGAUGGUUCGCUUCUUCGCCCAGCAAGAAGAAUGCCUGACCGGGGACAUCCGCUGGGAAUUCUGCGGACCCUUCGUCACGUCCUGCAAAAAAGUGCUCCGCGUCAUCUCUCGCUCAGAGCCCAAGAUCCGCAAGACCCUGCAACAGCGGCGCAAGCAGCUGGAGAAGGCCAUCGAGGGCAUGGGUCACCACGGGCUGGUCGGCACCUCGGACGAGUCGCUGCAGAGCCUCCACGACGCCCUCAAGCUGGAGUUUGAGAAGGUGGUCAAGUCGUACACCCAGGCGCUGGAGAAGCUGGAGGAGCUGAGUCUGAGCAACAAGGCGUCGCUGCAGCGAAGCAUCAGCCACGGGCCGGCGCCCAUCCAGGCGUCCCACCAGCGGCAGCUCUCCAUCACGCAGGAGGAGGUGCAGCAGCGGCUCAUCAAGAACAAGACGCUGCUCAACGUGGUGGAGCCGACGCUAGGCAACCACUCCCUGGACGUGCUCCUCGGCAUCCUGCAGCGCCGCAUCGAGUACGACAAGGAGUCGCUCUUCCAAUUCACACAGCUGCGGAAGGAAGCCAAGGAGGUGGAUGGCAACGCCGUCAUCGCGCCCAUUCUGAUGCGGUACACGCACGGCUGUCAACAGGUGCUGGAGAUGCUGAAGGAGGCGGUGGAGGAGGACGGUGGGCACCAGGCUGGGGAGGAGGACGAGGGGAGCGACGUAAGCGGCUACCAUAGCGACUCGGACUCCGCGAUCAUGAUGUCAGGCAACUCCCCAUACGUCAGCAAGCACGCCAGGUUCAACUUCCUCACGCGCUCAGUUCGUGACAGGAGCCGCGUGGGUGUCAGGAGCUCCCUUCCCUUCACCACGGCGCCCCACUCCUCCUCAUCCUCCUCAGGUGUCUCCUCUGGAGCAUCGGACACGCAGAGUCAGGGCAGCGCCGGCGGAGACUCCAAGAGCGACUCCCCGACCCCCGAAGGCACCAGGAAGAACGGGGAGGCGUCCUCGUCCUCGGCGGGGGUCGUGGCAGGCGUGAGCGUGCGCUGCGGCAAAGGGCACGAGCUAUCCGUUCCUGCAGCCCGCGCCUCUGCCCCGCCCGGAGUGAGGGAGUCGGCAGCACUUCGACAGGAGGUGGAGACCCUUCGAGCUGAGAUCACCAAGGCCCGGCAGACGAUUUUACACAUGCAGGAUCGGGAGAAGAAACUUAAGGAUAGGCUCGGUGAUCGUGCAGCCAGAGGAGUGGAGCGAGGGAACCUAAGGGUGGAGAACGUGAGCCUUGGGGAACGGCGCCCGACAGCCCUGGUGAGGAAAUACGGGAACUUGUAUGCCCAGGCGCGUGUGGACACCCUGGAUUCCCUCGACACCUUGCCCGACCUGAAGAACGCCGAAGAGCUCAAGUCGAAGCUCCUGUUCAGUGUUGUGGUGCUCGCCUUCCGCUCCGCCUCCUCCUCCGCCCAGGCUCUGCGGGAGGAGGUGCGCCGCGUCCUGCAGGUUCCUCCGCCGCCGCCUUCGUCAGGAGAGGCUCACGACAGCCACCACCACAGCUACGACUCCCAGUCCUUCUCCCUCGAGCAGGCCGUGUCCUCCUUCAUCUCCGCCAACAUCGAGAAGCGUGACCUGUCGAAGAAUGUGGAGGAGGUCUGCCAACAAAUCUGGGCGACGCUGUACGACUAUCCGGCCCUCAAGAGCUGCGACGGGCUUCUGCAGUACGUGAAGGACUGCGUGAGGCUGGCGUGGGGACUCAGCAACCAGAUGCCGCCCUACGUGAUCGACUACGAGACCCGCACCUUCAGGAAAGACUACCACGUCCGCUUCCAUGUCGCCGACCCGGACAGCGACGCGAUCAAGACGUACCUGUGGCCGGCGCUGCUCGAAGGUCCCGGCGGCGUGUGCGUGCAGAAGGGCGUGGUCAUAACUUAAAGCCCGCAUCAGACUCCACGGUCUCUGCCUGACGGGGCGUGUUUCUCUGCCUUUCCCGUACACACACAAGGAUACGUAAACACACACACCUCUGAAGCAUCAUGUACAGGCAAGAGCGUGUGUGUGUGUGUGUGUGUGUGUGUGUGUGUGUGUGUGUACGUCCUCGCUGCUGAUGGUGCACACAAUGGACGGAGCAGCGAGUAGUGUGUGUGUAAGUGUGUGUGCGUAAGUUGUCUUUCUGAAGGGUCACACUCCAGGCAGGGUUAAUUAAGGUCUUGACAAUAUUACCCUUGAGAUGAACAUUAUUCGGUGUUGCAUAUCUCGCCUUGGUCUGUUCAGAGGGUCGUACUAACACUAUAACCCUUGAGAUGUUGUCUAGUGUUACCUGUACUGUCUUAUGCAGGUGAGAGGGUGCACUAAUUACAUGUUAACGUUUAGUAUUGACAAUGAUGUAAGGGGUGGAUUAUCUUCCUUAAAUACUCCAUUAUCAGAAGCUUGCAUCGUUUCUGAGGCUCUGAAUCAGCUGCUAGAUAUUACUGAACAGAAUUAUCUAUGUUUAGUUUUGAUAAUGAUGUAAGGGGUUGAUUAUCUCUCUUAAUAACCCCAUUAUCAGAAGCUUGUAUCGUUUUUGAGGUUCUGAAUCAGCUGCUAAUUAUUACUGAGGAAAAAUAUCAAUCGUGGUCAUUUUAAGGUAUUUGAUCGUGAUUCUCUCUGCAGUAAUUUUCGUUCUCUUCCUUUUCCUUUUGUCUCCCUCCCUCUUCCCUUUCCCUCGCCUCCUUUACUCCCUUAUUUUCCCUCCACAAUACCUCUUAUAUUUUCCUUUCCCUUUCCUCCUUCUCCUCUUCCCUUCACACUAUCUCUUGAUAUCAUGUUGGCUGAUGUUGGCGCGUCAGAAAGCUUGUAUUCCGAUCCCACAACACAGGCGCUGAUCAGAGUCUCCCGCACACCGACGCAAUCUGAGUCUGCACCGCGGGAAUUCACACAUGCUCACGACUCUUGUACAUAUCAGGAUCAAGAAGAGAAAGAGAAUGUAUUUUAUGUAUUAUUACUGUAUAUGUCUUAAGCGGGUGUACAAAGUUAGGUAGAGGACGGUACUGGGUUAGGAGUGUGUGUGUAUGUGUGUGUGUGAGUAUGUGUGUGUGUGUGUGUUGGUGGGGGUGAUACCUGUUGUGUUUACCUGUUGUGUGUUUACCUGGUGUCUUCCCCCUCACCUGAAGGCCGCCGCGCGCUGCUAGACGGUAAUUCAUAAGUUAUUGAUGUCGUGUAUAUAGUUUAGGGUUUUGUAAUGUCGAUAAGUGUCCGUCUUGAAAUGGCUCACCUGUAAUGUUACCUGUCCAGCCAAUCACCUCUCCAUUACCUGCCCAUGCCAAUCACCUCUAGCGUCACCUGCAGGGCUAAUCACCUCUCCCGUUACCGGCCCAUCCAAUCACAGCGUCGUGGGCGUGGGAAUGAGCACCUGAGUGGCUAGUGAGGUGACCUGUGACGAGAGCUUACCUCCCCGCCCCUUGGAUGUAUCUAGUAUAGUAUGAAGCGCCCAUUGGAAAUUCUAGUACAAAAUUGCGUAUACCGAAAGAUAUUACAAUUCUAGUAAACUGCUCUCUUGCCUCUCAAAUGCUAUAGCCAUUGUUUAUAACCCCGAGACUUCAGACCUUUAAAUUUGAAUAACGCCGUAGAGUACAUCAAUGAAAACUAGCCACAUUGCGUAUAACAAAAGAUAAUGCAACCUUAAUAAACUGCUCUCUUGCCUCUCAAAAAUUGUAGCCACUAAUGAUAUGAUAAUGCCAAGACUUCAGACCUUCAAAACUAGGACAGGCUGUAUUAUAUAUUGAAGAAACUUAGACCUCUCCUUCCUUUGACAGUUUAGUAUCAUCGUGUUCCUUCCUUAGAUGGCAAUACAAACUCAAGAUUCCCUUUGCAAGAAAUAUGGAGUUGCAUGCUGGACCUUCUUCCUUUUCCUUCCCAUGUAAAUCCUUCCUUCAUCCCUUUCUGCCUUCUGUAACUCCUUCCUUCCUAUGCAAAUCCUUCUUUUCCUUCUGUAACACCUUCCUUCCUAUGCAAAUCCUUCUUCCUUUCUUUUCCCUCCGUAAAUGUCACACGAUCCCCAGACACAGGGCCCAGACACACACACCACCGCCGCGGAAGCUCAAGAAAGAGAGAGAAUCGACUCGCGUGUGGACGAGCAACGGACAAACUUUUACGUCGGCCAUCGCGAACGCUGAUCCUACAUCUUUAAACGCGAGUGUCUGUCCGUCCGUCUGUCUGCCUGGUCUUACCCUCCUUGCCCUUGCGUCCAUCUCCCAACCCCGCCGCACCUCGCCUCGACCCCGCCCCGCCCAAGCACAACCUCCGCCUAGAUCCAGCUUUCUCAGAGGGUGUUUUCAGCAUAGUGUCUGUCCGUCCGUCUGUCUGGCUGCUCUAACCCUCCUUGCCCUUGCGUCCAUCUCCCAACCCCGCCGCACCUCGCCUCGACACCGCCCAAGCACAGCCUCCGCCUAGAUCCGGCUUUCCCCGAGGGUGUUUUCAGCAUAUUCCGCGUGAAUAUACGAGAUAGAAACACCGACUUUAAUGCGCAGCGAAGUAGGAAACGAGUUUAUGACCCCACGAUGCUGCGGCGAAAUACACUUGCGGAAGGUGAAGGUGAGCCCCGCUAGCCACACCUGCCGGCCCCCACACCUGCUGAAAGGGGGGGGGGGGGGAGCCAGGUGAGGGAGGAAACUAGGCGUGGUGUUCAAGGGGAGAUGUGACCCUCCUCCUCCUCCUCCUCCUCCUCCUCCUCCUCAUGUGUUCCUCCUCUCUGCCUCCCUCCUCUCCGCCUUACGUCCUUCCUCUCUUGUAUCGGGCAGAAGCAAGGGCGUUUUCUCUCCCCCCUCUUUCCUCCCUCCACCUCCUUCUCCUCCUCACCUCUCACUUCUCCCCUCGACUUCCAUUUCUCUCCUCUCUCCCUCGUGCAUUCCUUUGCCUUCUCCUUCCCUCCUCUCAUCCCUCUUCUUAUCCUCUCCUUUUUCUUCUUCUCUUUCCCUCAUCCUUUUCCUCACCUCCUUCCCUCCUCCUUCCCUCCUCUGUUUUCUCUCCACAGUACCUCUCGUCCUCUUCCUUUUCCUCUCUUUUCUCUCACCUUGCCUCCUCUCUUCUCUCCACUUCUACUUCUUUUCCUCGCCUCCUCCUUCCUUCCUCCUUCCCUCCUCUGUUUUCUCUCCACGGUACCUCUCGUUCUCCUACUCCUUCUCUUCUCUCACCUUUCCUCCUCUCUUCUCUCCACUACCUCUCGUUCCCUUCUCUUCUUCUUCUGCUUCUUUUUCUUCUUCAUCAGCGAAAGUAAAUAUCCGUUGAAAUAUUAAAUCUCAUCGUCCUCUGAUAAUAAGAAAUGAAGUUGAACGCUAAAUCAUUUUGAACAACUCGAGAGGUGUGAGAGGUUCGAUAAUUUGAGUUCACCGUAAGAGGUUUAUUUUGGGUGCUACGUAAACUCUCUCCUGAUUGGCUGUGGAUAUAACGUUAGGCAGGACGAUAGCACAGAGGAGGCUUCGCGCGCGGCUGCUCUUUAAGUAUAAUAGCCUACCUGUAAUUUACCUGUAUUUUACCUGUAUUGUAUUAUUUAUUUAUCACGCGUGUUCUUGAAGGGUCUUGUGUGUGUGUGUGUGUGUGUGUGUGUGUGUGUGUGUGUGUGUGUGUGCGGGCAUCAAGACACGAGUUUUUUUUUACUCCCUUAUAUAAUGUCUUCCCUUUUAACCCUUGCCUUUAUUUAUUAAUUUUAUAUAUAUUUAAACUUAUCUUAUAUAGCUUUAAUGUGUCUUGAAAUACUCUUAGUUUAGGUUUAUGUAACAACUCCCUCGGUGACUUUUUUCUAUUAUUAUUAUUAUUAUUAUUAUUAUUAUUAUUAUUAUUAUUAUUAUUAUUAUUAUUAUUAUUAUUAUUAUUAUUAUUAUUAUUAUUAUCACUUCACUGUUAAGUUAUCUAUACUCGGUGUGACUAUUAUCUUCAAAGGAAACACAUGAUAUCUACACGUAUUCCUCUCUCCAAUAUUCGAAAAAAAACUUGUAUAUAUAUUCAUUUUCACCCGGUAGGAAAGUGUAACCAUGUAAUAUACAUGUGGACAACUUGUUUUUAAGGACACGCCCGCCAUCGACUUUUUUUUGGUUUACUUUUCCGUUUCAGUGUAAGGUAAAGAUUAGAUUCAUAUAUACAGACUGUUUACAAACGCCUAAGUUCAUGAAGUAUCGGCUAUUUACACGUGGCAUCAUUCCCUUGACCUUUAAAGUUAAAACCUAUAUUUUUAGACGAUUUCGGCUCUCACGAAAACUAUUUCCAAAGGUCACGAAAGAGGUCAGUCGGGUUCUCAUGCUCAUUUUUCACAUUGACGGUGCAGAGGGCGCGUCCAACUACUACUAGGCUCAUAAAAUAACUACCAAUGGAGAUACUAACACACAACCUCUACGAAACCCUUACCAAAUGCGUUAGAAAGUGUAUCGUAGUGUUAUGGGCAAUGAAAUGAAGAAGAGAGGGGAUACACGCACGCUGGAAGAUAGAAAGAGCGAGUAGACACAAGUAGCAGUAUUGUUAUAAGAGCAGAGAACAUGAUGUAAAAGAAAAUGUAAAUGAUAGUAAUGUGUGUAAAUCCCAAAAUGUUUGAGAAUAUGGAUCUUCAAGACUAUCAAAGCUUCUCUGGGACUACGAUGAUCAGGCUUCUGCAUCCCCGUCUCUCUACUUUAAUUGGAACAGCGUGUUACUGACAUUCUCUUUUUUGUAUUUACGUUUCUCCCUCGGUCCGCUUUCCUUACUGUUAAAAAUCAUUCGUCCCAACCUUGCUUGACCUUACCUAACCUGAGUGUAGUGUUCCCUCCCUCUGCCACGCCCUCCACACUGCUUGGUAAGGUCACAGGCAGACACGAAGAAACAGAUCACAGAGAGGAAGAGUAAAACCUGUAUUCCAGAACAUUUCGGGGGUUACACUACACCCACAUUUGAUAAGGCUUUCGAGAGGUCAUUUUCGGGUGGACGUAUGAUUCUUGGGUUAAAAACUAUGAUAACAGAGAUUGAGCGGCCAGAAGAGAGGUCAUUUUCGGGUGGGCGUAUGAUUCUUGGGUUAAAAACUAUGAUAACAGAGAUUGAGUGGGCAGAAGAGAGGUCAUUUUCGUAUGGGCGUAUGAUUCUUGGGUUAAAAACUAUGAUAACAGAGAUUGAGCGGCCAGAAGAGAGGUCAUUUUCGUGUGGGCGUAUAGUUAUGGUGUAAAAAAUAAGGAUAGCAAAGGAAAUAAUAACAGAAAAUCCUUGGCGGGUGUGACCUUAAAUAACCCACGUACGUCUGUCUGUCUUGUACAUAGCCCUUAGCGAAGCGGCAGACUCUGUACACUGUAGCCAACGUAGACUCGUAACCAAAUAUUUUUGCUAAAUUACUAUACCAUGGAGAUAAUUGAUUGUGCCAUUUUGUAUGUGGUUGUCCAGCUGAGAAAUAUGUAAAAAAAAAGAAGAAAUAUAUAAUCAAUAAAGGUUUGCAAUAUU